AUGAGAAGUUGUCCAAGUGCAAGCGGAGUGGAGGGAGCAUUUGUAGUCCCUUGGUUGAGUUUGUGUGAAGGCUGCAGCCACCUAAGCCCGUACCGAAGUGCUAAUCCUCUUUACCUGAACCUUCACGAAUUGCGUACACACGUGGGGAAGGAAGAAUUCGAUGCGUUGCGUGUGCUUUCAUACCGGAAAGUGAGCCAGCCUCCGUUAAGCAACUGUAAGGUCAGUGGCGUAUUCAAGGCCGCCCCGGACCGGGCGUUUAUUUGGCGACCGGUGGACAUGAGAAGUCCCGCUCUGGCGAACAUUGCAGGUCUCUUGUCCGGGUCUGAAAUCAAGCUCCGAGAAGUGGCAAUUCCCAUCAUCGACGCCCUCCAGAUGAAGUUCGACACCUGCCUUGAAGAAGGCGUGAAGCUGGACGCUACUAACAGCGCUGCGUACGGCUUAACCCUGAGUUUACAUGACGUAGACCGAGCUCUAGACGCAGCCGCCGCAGCCGCCGCAGAUGGUAACACCGCAGAAGGUAACACCGCAGAAGGUAACACCGCAGAAGGUAACACCGCAGAAGGUAACACCGCAGAAGGUAACGCCGCAGAAGGUAACGCCGCAGAAGGUAACGCCGCAGAAGGUAACACCGCCGCCAAGGCGCCGGCGCCUGGGGCCCGAGCCGGAUAUGACUGGGACGGAUCUGAGCUUUUCGGUCACGGCUUCGUACUGACCCGAGAACCCAAAUACGAUGUGUGGCAAAUGCUAAAGCAUGAGUACAGAGCCUAUGCAGUGGGCCUGGUGCUCCUGGCGUUGUGCAGCAACGUGGCUGAUUGCACAGACAGCGAUACGUUCAAGACAAUCGUCUGUAACUUUUUGGGCAAGCUCGAGACCAGGAUCAGGCACUGUAACGGCAUAGGUCGCACUUUUAUCAGGGAAUCGCACAUGACCAGAGAGGCGGAGCGAAGACGGACGGUGGAAAUCGGCUCAUCGUGGAAGGAAAAGAUCCCAAUCAGUUAUUAUCUUUGUGAGCUUAAGUACAUGAUGAAAGCUAAUUCCCUCAUUAACUACAUUGCGGGCCGUGACCGUCAUUUUGAACGUCAAUACUCUACCAUGAUCGGGAUUGAUGACUACCCAGAAUGGUGA